AUGAAUCUCUUCCGCUCGACCGAAGAACCCACCAUCUCCGGUACAGCCUACCUCGUGACUUUACACAAAUACCUCUCGUUGAACCUUUCUCGACUAGCCCCUCCUGUUCCUGGAAAACAAGCCUUCUCAGAGACACCGUCAUGGCUUCAGCAAUCUUACACCUUGCUCACUUUGGGACUCGACCCAUCAUCCGCACCUCUCAGUAAGCAUCUCAAAGUCCCGCUAACAUUGGGUUUUGGAACGUCUCAAACUGCACCCCGAUUACAACCUGCCAAACCUUUUCUCUUGAGAUUGCCUCCCGAUCGCCUCUUGUACCUUUUAUUACGAUGGCAGAGCUGUCGCGAACCUUUACCGCAUGUGGGCAGGACAGACGAACCGAUCGCCCCGGGUGUUCCUGUCGCUGCUAGAGGUGCUAAAGUCGAUGCGAGGGAGAAGAGGAAUGAAGGGGAUGUGAGAAGUGUCAGGAGCUGGGUGGGGAGCAUGAGAAGUGUGUCUAUGGCCAGUACGAGCUGGUGGCGGAGGGAAGAAGAAGUGGAUGAAAAUAAGAUCCUCCUGGCGCUGUAUACCGUCUUCACUGUCCUCCCGGCUCUUCUCAUUCACCCGCCAUUCUUGUCCGACCCUCCGAUAGCGGAAUUGAUCGACGCUGGAGGAUACACUCAACUUGGAGGCAUCGAUGUUCGUGUUCCCCUUGACGUUCUCAGAAACCUUCAAAUACUCGAGCUGGAAGCAUACGAUCCUCGGGGACUGCUCAUCCCUCCAAAUCCCGCUCUCAAAAGUCUGACAGUCCGAGACGUGCAAGAUGCCGACGAAUGGCUGGAAGAACUCCUCUUGGUCUUGCCUGAACCCACGCCACCAGAACUCACACCUAAUCCUGAACCCGACUCUCCGGCCUUUCCCGACAUGUACCCAUCUAGGUUCCCCAAUUUGCGACACUUGUCCCUCCAUUCGACCACUCUCCUCAGCUUUCCGACCGUACCUCUGAGACAUCUUGUAGCUUUAGACCUAUCACAUAACCUCCUCAAUGCUCUUCCCUCUUCACUCUCUACAUUAUCAUCCCUACAAUCGCUCAACCUCUCCAACAAUCUCAUCACAUCAGUGCGGAACGCCCCUCAUGUCCUUGGCAACAUUACCUCCCUCAACCUCUCGCACAAUCGGAUCGAUUGCCUCGUCGGUCUCGAACGGGUCUUGGGUCUCGAGCGUAUAGACUCGCGGUGGAAUAAUAUCGAGGCGUGGGAUGAGGUCGGUCGAUUAAGCGAAUUGCCGCACCUCAAGGAAGUAUGGUGCGAUUCGAAUCCAUUCACGGCAGAGACGUGGCGUGUCGAGCUAGGCGCCGCAUUCGCGCGGGAGGGGAGAAAGGUGGUCUUUGACGACAGACCAUGGACAUGGAACGAGUCGAACCGAAUAGAGACCUUGCUUCAGAGUCGGGGACAAGUUCCGAGGUCUCGUCCGUUGGAAAGCACAGUCUCAGCCGAGCCUGCCAAUGCCGGACCGUCUCGGUCUCAAUCUCCGAUGAUCCAUUCGGGCAGUGCUCGGGAUAAGAAGCGAAGACCUAGACGAGUCAUUCAACUAGAUUCCGCCGAGGCCAUUACUGGAGACCUCAGUCAUCAAGAAGAUUCGCCUUCGUCGUCGUCCUCCCCAGCCAUGAUGGAUUAUGCUCAAAUUGCCGAUCGAUCCGCCGCUGUUAAUGCAGCUACGGCUCCGACGGUGAGGGUCAAGAAGAAGGAGCGUGGGAAGGCAAGCUUAAGAGGGUUAUUUGAUGAAUCCGUCGGAUGA